GUGGAUCCGACCCGAUAGCCAACGGCGGCAACCGGCACGGCCUCGAUCCUCCGCCCCUCCUUCCCCUCUUUGCCGGCGCUGGGAUUCCCGGGUAAUCGAGUUCCUUGCCGGCAUGAAUGCGAGGGAGAGAGGCCGGCCCCCGCCAUUCCUGCCUCCCCUCAAGCCCCUCCGCGUUCCCCGCCACAAGAUACAUCAGGUAACGGGUGUCGAUUCCGGCGAGUUCCCGCGGCUCCUGUGGGCCAUCCGCAAUUCCUGUGUGGUAGGCCUGGACGCGGAGUGGAAGCCCGUCACCUCCCGCAACUCAUUCCCCAUUGUCUCGCUCCUCCAGAUCGCCUGCUUACUGGUUUGCAACGCCGGCGAAGGUGAGACCGGUGGCCCCGUCGUCCAGAACGGCACAGUCUUCCUUGUCGACCUUCGCGCUCUGCCCCUCCCGACCAUCGUCGGGGCACUAAGGGAAUUGUUCAGCUCGCCUAAUAUUCUGAAGCUAGGAUUUAGGUUCAAGCAGGAUCUAGCCUAUCUUUCUUCUACGUUCUCCUCUCAGGGAUGCGAGUCCGCUUUCGAGAAGGUUGAGCCUUAUUUAGAUAUUGCAAGCAUUUACAAUCUUUUGCACAAUAAGCAUCACGGAAGAAGGACAACACCAAAGCAGAGCAAAAGCUUAGCAAGAAUUUCUGAAGAAGUGCUUGGAGUCCAUCUUUCCAAGGAGCUCCAAUGCAGUGAUUGGUCACAUCGCCCUCUUGAUGAAGAUCAGAUUCUGUAUGCUGCAGCAGAUGUGCACUGCUUGCUUGAAAUAUUUAUCAUCUUUCAGUCCAGGUUCCUAAAAGGAGGAAACUUGCGGCUUGACUUCACCAACCUACAAUCUAUGAUUGCUGUUGGAUUGAAUGUUAUUUUUAUAAAAGAAGAUUCUAAUCAAAAUCUUAUCACACAUAAGCUUUUACCAGCAGCAGAUAUUGUGAAAUUGACGAUCUCUAGAUUUCUUCCAAGAAUAAAUGAUGUAUCUGUACUAUCCACCCCUUCUGCACAAGGCCAUUCCUUUGAAAGUUCAGUCUUAAGAAUUUCAAAUAUCUAUGGGGAGAAAAUCCAUUUGAAAGAAUCUGAUAGAAAACCUAAGACUGCUGGUCGAAGAGGCAGGAGGAGGCAAACCUUAAGAGCCCCAAAGUUUGAUCACGAACUGUUAGAGGACAACAGUGAUGGGCAAGGCCCUGCUCCAUGGGAUUCAUCAGCUGAUGGAUGUCCUAAAUUUCUCUGUGAUGUAAUGAUAGAAGGCUUAGCUAAACAGCUUCGCUGUGUGGGAAUAGAUGCUGCAACUCCACGAUCAAAGAAACCUGAAGCCAGGCAGUUGAUAGAGCAGGCAGUAAAAGAGAACAGGGUGCUCUUGACUCGGGAUAGAAAGUUGUUGAACCACCAAUAUUUGUCUAGAAAUCAUAUAUACAGAGUGAAAAAUCUUGUUAAGGAGGACCAACUGAUUGAGGUAAUUGAGACAUUCCAAUUGAAAAUUUGUGAGGAACAGUUGAUGUCAAGAUGUAUCAAAUGCAAUGGGAGGUUCAUUCAGAAGCCACUAACAACUGAAGAAGCUAUUGCAGCUGCAAGGGGCAUGCAAGUAAUUCCUGAGUGCUUGUACAACAGAAAUUUUGAAUUUUGGCAGUGUGAAAGUUGCGGUCAGCUCUACUGGGAGGGGACCCAGUACCACAAUGCCGUGCAGAAGUUCAUGAAUGUUUGCAAACUACAGAAAUGAUGUGAUUUCACGUGGAUUCAUCUUUUUCCCCAAGCGGAGGCCUUCUCUAUUUAGACUUUUUUGCACCUAGGGCAUGACAAAAUGGUGAUGGCGUACAUGCUUAUUCUGGCCAUACUGGUGCUUCAGAAAAAAUCAAUGCAGACAAAGUUUAAUUGUGACUAGUGAUAAAGUUAAUUGUGGCUAGUGGUUGAGGGCGUCUGUUGUAUGUAAAUAAAUAGUAAGCAAUUCAGUUCAUUGAACAAAAGAACACGUAUUCUUUUGGUUGGUUUA